CCCCGUUUUAUGGGGUUUGGUUUUCAGAAGCAUCCUUCCCAUUGGCCGGUACUUCCAUCCAAAUGUUGUUUUCGUGCGGGAAUUGUGUCGUUUGUAACACAGGGUGCCUUUCUGUGCUCCAACCCCCGGGGUGCUGGCCUCGCCGUCCAUGUGGGAUGGUCUCUGUGGUCCCCCAGGGGUCUCACUGAUCAGGUAAGCCCGGCCUGGCCCCACACCCCGAGAAGAGUGGCAGAAAUCCGCCCUAAUGAGGCAAAGUCCGCAGGACCCUCGGCUCUGCCGGGGGCAGCUGUGAUGUGGCUCACCUUCUCCAACGGACUGACACCUGGCCAGAAGUGGCCACAGCUCCCUCCCAGCCCCUCAGCUCGACCUGGGUGUCCCCAGAGUGCCCAGAGACCCCAGAAGCCCCUUGGUCAGCAGGCCUUUGUUCUGGAGCAGGAUCGUCCUCAAGGGAAACUUGCAGAAGAUUUCCUGAGGAUUUCAGCACACAGAAGUGUCGCGUGGUCAUAGGGUCUGCUUUUCCUGCAACCUUUUCCUCAGUGUCCCUGGGGGUGGGGGUGGCCCUCCACCUGUCUUGCAGAUGGAUCUGUGCAGCUGGUGCCAGAAAGGGGCCCUGCGGGAAGCCAGCAGGAAACCGGCCUCGCCCCGCCGCUGGUCCAGAGUGAAUGGCUGGUCGUGGCCCCUGCACACCUUCCAGGUGGUGGCCUGGACCAUACUGUUCAUCUUGGCCUUCACCAACUUCUGUAUCUUCGUCCCCUUGCUGCCACCUAACUGGAACUUGAUCAUGUAUGGUGUGACUGGUGGGCUUUUCUGUUUCCACUUCGUGGUCCACUUGCUUGGAAUUUCCAUCGAUCCUGCUGAAACCAACGUACGGCUCAAGAAAUACUUGGAGCCCAUACCCACUUUUGACCCAUCAAAACACACACGUGUCAUCGAGAACCAAUAUUGCCACCUGUGUGAGGUCGCCGUGAGCCAGAAGGCUAAACACUGUGGGGCCUGCAACAAGUGUGUCUCUGACUUUGACCACCAUUGCAAAUGGCUUAACAACUGUGUAGGGGGCAGGAAUUACAGGUAUUUCUUUUGCUCUUUGGUCUCCGCCUCGGCCAGCCUGCUCUGCCUGAUCAGCAUCCUGCUGUACAUCUUCAUCCAGUACUCAGUCAACCCGGAGGUGCUGCGCACUCAUCCGCUCUAUGAAGGUGUCUCCAAGGACACUUGGCUGCUGUUCCUUCCUUUUUUCCCUGUAAAGACGAAGGCCCUGGUGGUCCUGGGCAUUGGGGUGUUCGUCCUGCUGCUGUCUGCCCUCAGCUUCCUGCUGCCUGGAUACCUGUUCAUCUUCCACCUCUUCUUAAUGUUCAAGAAGUUGAGCACAUAUGAGUAUGUGACACAGAACCGCUAUCAAAAUAUUCCAAAAGUUCCAGCAGGGAGGAAAGAGCUGUCCUUCAAAAUAAGCAUGCCACAGCAAGCAGAUGACCUGAGUCCGUCUGCUCGUAGAGAGCAGCGCAAGGAGGCCCCGCCGCAGCUGAGGCGCCCGGGUCUGCGUUCCACCAUCACCACGUGUGAGGAGAGCUCCCCGCUGCAGGCAGCCACAGGUGACCUGAAAUCACCCUCACACAGAGUGAAGUUCAACCACCUGCUGCUGGAUGUGCACUCAGGUCCACCCUCCUCCACCAACACGUUCAUGGAGGACUCGUGGGUGAUGGAAAUAGACAACAGCCUGACUUUAUCUGCCCUCAGCCUACCUGGGAGCAAGGUGUCCUUGUCGCUAUCCAGUGACUUCACCACACACCCCACCUUGGCCGCCGGCACAGAGGACCACCUGCCACUGAAGGUCUUAAAGGACCAACAGGAAAUGAGUUUGCCUGUGGAAGGAGACAGUGCUGAGGGCAAAGGCCCAGCUUCAGGAGACGAGGAGCCCACACUGGCCAAAUGGGCUGUCCACACACCAAUGGCCUUAGAGAUCCGGGCUCGGGAAGCAGCCCUGAAGAAACUCAGGCUCCCGCACACACUGCCCUCCAGCAGCCAGAAUGUGCCGCACAUGGAUGUCCCCUUGGAGAGGCAGCAGGUCUACGGCAUGGAGCCUGCCACUGUCAUCACCACCAGGAAGCCUGCAGAUGGGCAGGUGUGCAAUGGAGAGGACAUCCAGCUUCCAGGACAGAUAAAAGAGGAGACUUGGGGCCGGGCAUCGCCACCCAGCUAGGAAGCAGAGAGCCCGCUCGAUGCUCAGGGAGAGACCAGGGUCAACCUGGAUAUCUCUGUCAGCACAACUUGUGUCCACCCUGCCACGGAAGCCCCUGAGUCCAGGGCAGGCGCUCACCCCGACUCCCAUGAUGCCUGACUGGCCUGAGGCCGGCAGGCGCUCCCUCCGUGUUCAUGAUGCAGUGCAGCCCUCGACUCUAUGCAGGCACCAGUGGCAUCCGAUGGCCCGGCUUCUUCCAAGCGGAGUGCUGGGUCCUGCAUCCAGAGUCAAGGGAAGAAGGGAGCCUGUGCGCACCCUGACUUGUGCUAAAUGGAAAGACUUUGACCACCCCUGCGCCUCACUCCACCUGGAAGCCAUACUUGAAAGCCAUUCAUAAUUUUUCAAACACGUCCCCAUCGUGCUCCAAGAUUCAGGACAGACUUGGUGUGAUGUUUUCACUUGUGUUACUUAGGAAUGUUGACAACUGUUAUGAACCUAAGUAGCCUUUAAGGAAAUUCUUCAGAAUUUCUUAGAAAGUUAUACGAAAUAAUAAAAAAUAAUUUCACUGGCAAUAAGCUUGAAA